UCUCUCAGGUCUUCAGUCUGUGCUCGAAUGAGUAUUUAACUCUGUCAGUGCAACAACAACUCUAAUUUGAAAUUAAAAAAGGAUAAACAACCGGUAAACAAGUUAAAAAACAGCUCCUUAAAGGUCCUCCCUUCAAAACAUUAUCCCGAAGAUGCCAUCAUAACGAAAGAAAAAUCUAUUGAGUGCCAUAACCAGAAUGUUCAAAUAAUAUCAACGAACAGUGUAAAAAAAACGUUACAAAAAUGAGUGAAUUUCGUUUGCAUGCAUUAAUAACAGAGCUGACAGCUCUCCUGGGUUCAUCAAGUGCCCCAGAAACAUUGGUUAAUGACGUGGAACAGGGGAUCGCUGUGCCUGAAAGUCUCCCCUCGAAGUCCUGCCUGAAAUACCUGGAAAAACAUGCCCAGAGCCCUCAGCAGUUCAUCAAGAAGUUCGAGGAGCUCAGAGAGAAGAAAGUGGACAGACUGGGGUCAUUCCUGCAGGUGAUACACUUCAUAGCUUCUGACAAGCAUCUGAAGGAGUACUUGAGUAAGCACUGCAGGCCAGUGGAGAGUAGACUCUCGACUUGUGAUAAAAUAACUGCAGAAGAUCUCCCUCAAAUCCAGAAGAAUGUGAUGAAGGCUGCUGUCGAGGGUGAGAGAAAACUCAUCAAACAAGCCAAUGCCUUGAGCAAGAGAGGAGGUGAUCCUGACCUGGCGAGACACAAUUGGGUGACCGAGAGGCCCAGGAUAUCCUGGGACUUUCACUCAGAGUCCUUGAAUCCUUAUCAGAAGGUCGUCCCUGCAGUCUCCCAGGAAGCGAUCCUCUUGUGGGAUCUUCUGCACUGCCUCAAAGGCAUGAAUGGCUCCUACAUCGUAGCCGAACCUCUCACUGGCCCCUACGAUGUCAAGAGUUUUGUCAUUUCCGCGGAUGUCGGGACAUCUUAUAAACAAUUGGCUCAGCAGAUUCUUCCUCUCGCCAGUUAUUAUUCUAUGACUGUCAGAUUUGUCGAGGAGAAAGUCCACGCCGAUGAUGGACAGGUGAAUCACGCCCUGCGAGGUGCCCUCAGUUGUUUACUCAAGGACUACCUCCUCUUCAUCGUUCAACUGGAGAUGGAACACAGACGAGGUAAAUUGAAUCUUCAGAAACUCUGGUUCUAUAUUCAACCGACAAUGGCAACCAUGUCCAUUCUCUCUCAAAUCACCUGCACCAUCUGCAAGGCCAGAGCACGAGGGGGAAAAGUUUUGUCGUUGCUCUACGAACAAGUCAGCAAUAUGAGUGGCGAAGCCAAGUGCAAGGAGCUCUGUCUUUUUCUCAUCCAAUCAGCCAGUGUUCCCUACAUGCAGAUCCUUGAGAAGUGGGUCUACAAGGGGGUAAUCUGCGAUCCCUACCAGGAGUUCCUCGUCGAGGAUAACGAAAUUAUCCAGAGGGAAGACCUGCCUGUCGAUUAUUCUGCUGACUACUGGGAGAAACGGUACACCAUGCGGUCAGAGAGAAUUCCAGUAUUUCUAAAUGAACAUGCUCACACUAUUCUGAGAACUGGAAAAUACUUCAAUGUUAUCAGGCAGUGUGGAAAGACUGUGCAAUGGAGAAAGCAAGAACCACUAGUUUAUAGGUACAGAGAUCAAAAAUACAUAUCAGCCAUCGAUGGAGCAUAUUCAGAAGCUGCCAGGACUCUCCUAGAAGUUCUAAUUCAUGAGAACGAUCUCAUGGGAAGACUGAAGAGCGUGAAGAAUUAUUUCCUCCUCGCCCAGGGCGACUUCGUCGUUCAAUUUCUCAAUCUCUGUGAAGCGGAAUUGAGUAAAAACAUGUAUGACAUCGUUAUCCACCGGCUGGCGUCCCUCCUGGAGGUCGCCCUGAGGACCUCGACAGCUGAUUCAGAUCCCUACAAGGACGAUCUCAAGCCUGAGCUUUUACCCUUCGACCUCGAGUAUCAGAUGUUCAGGAUUCUGUCGAUUCAGACGAGCGAUGAGAGGGAGUACUGCGCUCAGACUGGCAAGACACUCACUGGGAUGGAGGCUUUCUCCUUUAAUUACGAUGUCAAGUGGCCUGUCUCAUUGAUUAUCAACAAGAGAGCCAUCGCCUGCUAUCAGAUGCUCUUCAGGCAUUUGUUCUAUUGCAAACACGUCGAGAGACUGUUGUGCAGGGUUUGGAUGAGCAAUAAAAUAGCCAAAACUUUCACUCAUGAUGUUGCUAUGGCUUACAGACAGGCAUUCUCCUUGAGACAGAGGAUGCUCGACUGCGUUCAACAUUUGGAGUAUUAUAUGAUGGUCGAGGUUAUUGAACCUAAUUGGCUGACGUUUAUUAAUAAGAUGAAUAAGGUGACCAACGUUGAUGAUGUCCUCAGCGUCCAUCAGGAUCUUCAGGACAGUUACUUGAAAGAGUGCAUGCUGACAGAUCCCGAAUUAUUAUCCUGCAUCACUGGCAUUUGUGGGGCUUGCAUGCAAUUCUGUGACUUCAUGCAGCGUAUGAGCCGAUAUUACAUUGACGCUGAACUGACAUCCAUGAUCGACGAACACCACGAAGAACACUAUGAACACGAGGACCACAAGACAAAGCCCAGCAGCACAGGUGGCAGCUUUGAGGAAACGAUUGAAUCGCUGGACGCCAAAUUCACAGAAGUAUUAACUCGAUUAUUGAAUAGAAUCUGUGAUCUAGGCUGUGACAACAACAAUGAGAAGCUAUUGAACGUACUAUGCAGAUUGGACUUCAAUCUCUUUUACACUGAUAUCCUGGUCCGACGAAAUGCGGAAAAGACAACUCAUCCCCAGGACGUCUCGGGCUAAUGUCACAAAUGUUAAACAACAAA